GCUUAACAGGUCAAAACAUAAAAUACGCACGCAUACCUACCUCCACCUCCUCAGUCCUCACCGUCAUCUUCUCUCUCGCCUUGCGUUUAACCGCCCCUCCGACGCAGCGACUCGGCUAGUGAGUUGAAGUUAAAUUAAUUGCUUAAAGAGUCUAAGAUGGGUUGGAAGGCAGCAGAGAAACUGGUUAGGCACUGGAAGAUACUCAGAGGAGAUAAUGUGAUGAUAAUCAGGGGCAAGGAUAAAGGAGAGACAGGUCUUAUUAAGCGUGUCAUCCGCUCUCAAAAUCGUGUUAUUGUUGAUGGGAAGAAUCUGGUUAAAAAACAUAUCAAACAAGGAGAAGGUCAUGAAGGCGGGAUUUUCACAGUUGAAGCUCCAAUUCAUGUUUCAAAUAUUCAAGUCGUUGAUCCAGUGACAGGGUGGAGUUUUAGUUUACAGAAGCCUUGUAAGGUUGGGACUAGAUAUCUAGAAGAUGGUACAAAAGUUAGAGUAUCCAGAGGGAUAGGAGCAUCUGGAUCUAUAAUACCUCGUCCUGAGAUUUUAAAGAUAAGGACAACGCCAAGACCUACUGCUGCUGGUCCCAAAGACACUCCAAUGGAUCUUGUGUUGGAGAAGACAUAUGAUGCUAAAAGUGGUAAAGGCAUGCCUGACCUUUGAGGUGGCUCGUUCUUUACUUCGUUCUGGCUCUUUAGUCCUCAAGUAGUAUGUUUCCUGAAGAUGUUGCAGAUAUGGUUGCACGAGUUAUUUACUUACGCAUAAAAUGAGAAUAAUUUUACAAAUUCUUGCACUAGACAAUGAUCUAUGGAUUGUGAUAGAAUCAUGACAGUAAACAAUCUCCAGCAUUAAUUUGUCUUUAAUGAAUUUUGAUGGCAAUCAGUGUUUCAUGCCUAAUAUUUGAUCUUCUCUCG